CAAAAAUCCUGAUCGCUGAGCAUUAAACCCUAACCCCUCUCUGCUUCUCUCUUCUCCACGCCAUUUGCAGAAUUUUUAGGUACUUCCCCUUAUAGAUCGGAUUCAGAGUUUAAUCAAGUGUCGGUGGAAAAAAACGAUGAAUUUCAAGAAUAUCAAAGCUCCCAAGGGUCCUGGUGGUGGUGUUAUAGCUGCGGUGGUUAUUGGUGGCCUCGGUCUUUACGGCGCUACACACUCUCUCUACAAUGUCGAUGGUGGUCAUCGAGCUGUUGUCUUUAACCGAUUAGUUGGUAUCAAAGACAAGGUCUACCCUGAGGGUACCCACCUUAUGAUUCCAUGGAUCGAGAGGCCAAUCAUCUAUGAUGUUCGUGCAAAGCCUUAUCUUGUUGAGAGUACAUCCGGGAGCCGUGAUCUCCAGAUGGUUAAAAUUGGACUUCGGGUUCUUACACGUCCCAUGGCUGACCAACUACCAGAGGUAUACCGAAGCCUUGGUGAGAAUUACCGUGAGAGGGUUUUGCCUUCUAUCAUCCACGAGACCUUGAAAGCUGUGGUUGCUCAGUACAAUGCAAGCCAGCUUAUUACUCAGAGAGAGUCGGUGAGUAGAGAAAUCAGGAAAAUCCUAACUGCACGAGCGGCAAACUUCUACAUUGCGCUGGAUGAUGUGUCCAUCACAGGCUUGACAUUUGGAAAGGAGUUCACUGCAGCCAUAGAAGGAAAGCAGGUGGCAGCUCAAGACGCCGAGCGGGCUAAGUUCAUUGUGGAAAAGGCUGAACAGGACAAAAGAAGUGCCGUUAUCCGCGCCGAGGGAGAAGCCAAGAGUGCUCAGCUCAUAGGUCAAGCAAUCGCAAAUAACCAAGCGUUCUUGACACUGAGGAAAAUUGAAGCGGCCAGAGAGAUUGCACAGACCAUCUCAAAGUCAGCGAAUAAGGUCUACUUGAGCUCCGACGAUCUUUUGCUUAACCUACAGGCUAUGGACCUUGAUGUGAAGGCGAAGAAGUAGAAGAGGAUAUUGAUUAAACCACGCCAGAGCUCUUUUUUCCCUAAUCGUCUUUCCUAUUUGCGGAUUCUUCAUCCAAAAGCUGUGAAUUCAAGAACAGUAUGGAUUCUUUCUUGUGAAUUUCAUGUUUGUAAUCUUUCUUUUCAGAGAGUUUAAGACACACAAAAAAAACUUAUUAGUAUUACAAGUUUUUUUAAA